AUGGUAGUGGAUCUGAGGCAGUUGGAGAAGUUUGCACUGGAGGCUGACAUCCGAGCACUACUGGGAUUAGAUCGUGACGAGGAUGAGUACGGGGCGCAGGUUGGCGAGGUUGCUAGUCUGUCUAGGUGGUACAGAGGAUUUGGUUUGUCGGGUGUGGGAGCUUUGACUCAUUUGCAGCAGUCUGGUCCGCCAGCUAGAGAGGCUCAGUGCUACCUUCUUUUGCUGCUUGGGUCCACACUGUUCGUAGAUAAGAGUAAGGACCGCGUUUCUGCUGUUGUGAACUUGUUUGUGAAGAGGCCGGAUAUGCUAGGAGAGUAUGCGUGGGGGGCUGGAGCACUUGCUUAUCUGUACAGGCAGCUUGGUAUUGCCUCCCGGGCGGAGGCUAAGGGAGUGUCGGGUUGUCUGACUUUACUACAGUGUUGGAUUUACGACCACUUUCCUACUUUGAGGCCUACUCGGUUGGAGCCACGAGAGCUGGAGCGGGGGCAGGCAGGAGCAUUCAGGUGGCGCGGUACAUCACCCCGGUCGAGUAAGAGGAGGGAUGCACAGAUGCUGGCUUAUUAUCGGCAGGCGAUUGAUAGUUUGACCCCUCAGUCAGUUAGUUGGACUCCGUAUGGUCGUAGUCCUCAUCUGACGGUGAGACGUACCUUGUAUCAGGGCCUGCUCAGAUUUGCAGAGAUAGCAGAAUAUUAUGAUCCCACUAGGUGCCUCCGACAGUUAGGCUACGUGCAGGGAGUACCGUAUCCACCGGAGCGUCCGCUUGUUGUGCGUCGACCUGCUUCCACGCUUGGAUACUCUCUUAGCUACCAUUCUGUCUAUGAUUCGUAUUGGAACAACUUGGGGGCGCAUAGUGUGCAUCUGGACGUUUUUUUCUACUCCGAUACGACGUAG